AACAAAGUCUAACUUCCCCAGUCUGCCUUAAAGCGCCAGGCGUGUGUCGCUGAGAGCCUCCCCCUGUUUGCUCCACAACAAACUGCCUCUCGCCCUUCUUAAGGUGGCCCAGGACAGAUGUACUAUGAGCAUAGGCCAUGUCCUGCGCACAUUGGACACGAAAGGGUUAAUUCCCACACUCACUGUACUAUUUAGGAUUCUGUAAAAGCUGCUAAUAUGUUGCUGGAAUUUAUACACAUAAUUGUAUGAAUGGUCACCACUUGUAGGAAACAAUGAAAGUGGCACAUGUGUCAUUAAUUGCUGCUAAUAAUAUGUGUGAUCCAUUUGAUUUGCUUGGUCUUGUGAAGGGUAUUUCUGAAGUAUAAGCCUGUGAGUGGCCAUGAAAGACUACUACCGUGCUCGUGUCUGUUUGGCUUCACAUUGUCACUUCAUGUGACUUUGGGCCACACUAAGAACCUUAUUUUAAUCCUUUGGAGAGGCGAUUUACCUUCACACAACUGUUGUAGGGAGACACAGGUGCCGCUUGUCAAGUUGUGUUAAGUUAAUUAUAUACAAAAGGUGUUUGUCUCCCCAACAGCAACACAAAAGACAAAUACCAGGAAUAUAUUUAUGAGAGUGUUUGUUUCAGACGCAGCCUCUGGCCCCUGGUUCCUGUUCGCUCCAUUCAGAGGCGAUGGGUGAUGGGAGGCUGCCAAGGAAGCAGCCGGUGCAUAAUGAGAAUAAGGCGUCAGCUUGAGGCUCACUGGCUGAGAGCAUGUCUGCAAAUCCAGCGUGUUCAGCCCUCCCUGUGGUGCUCUUUGACUUCAGGAAUCAGACGUUACACACUCGUCCUGCAGCCCGACAGGGAGCGCUGCCCAUGGAGAGCUGAACAGAAGCAGGACCCAAGGAUUCACAGGUGGUGGUGUUCAGCCGACGCAACCAAAAAUGGGGCAUUCCUCCGUGCUCUUUUUCACUUUGAUCGUGUCUUUCAUAUCACGUGGAAGCCUGGUUCAAGCCACACAUUCGCUGGACUCUGACUCGGUGCGAGUCCCUCAAAGUGCAGGCGGGAAGGCUAAUGCCAGCAGGGACCUAAUCCCCCUUUCAGGCCGGGCCGAGGGCAGUGGAGACGCUGUCGACGGGAGGACGUCACACAUCGACACUGAGCCGGCCGGCGCUGGAAGCACAGCUGGAGUCACAUCUGCUGCUUCGACAGCACUUCCUCCACAGCGCUCACGGGGUCACGAUCAAGAACCUGACAAAGUCAAUAGCUCCGUCGCUGGACGUGCUGAGUCCAGUGCAGAAGAGGCUGUGAUGGAGGGCAGUCCCACUGCUGAUGAACCAAGAGAGGAGAGUCCUCCAUCAACAGUGAACGACGACUUCCCAAGUGGUGGGGAGAGGCCUGUACGUCCCGUCCAAACCAAUGCGUCCGCUCCCCUGAGCAACCAGAACACGUCUGGGCCCGGAGACCCGUGCGUGCUCGGUCGCCGGCCUUGUGUGGUCCCGAGGACCUUCAACGGCACCAGUCUGCUGUGGGACGACAUGAGUCGCACGCUGGCGUUCGCCUGGGAGCUGCACGUCUUCGGCUCGGCCGGCCUCUUCCUCCUCGCCGCCGUCCUGGCGUCUCUGGGCAUGGCCGGCGCCUGCGCCUGUCCCCGCCCCCUGUGCGACGCCCUGACGGUGGCCAACGGCCUCCUGGUGACGGCCGGCGCCCUGCGGGGGGUCCUCCUGCUGCUCGACCCCUACGGCACCCGGCAGGUGCUGUCCCGCGCCGCGCUGGCAGCCCUCCACAACGUCCCCCUGCAGCUCCUCCUGUGGGCGCAGGUCGCGCUCGCGCUGGUCACGCUGAGGGAGCUGAGGCUACUGCCUUUUCCCCUGAAGCUGCAGCGCCCGUGGGUGGUGGGGGGUCUGGCUGUAUCACACUGCGCGCCGUUACUCGUAGCGGACCUGUACGCGUCAGCCUGGACGCCCGCCCUCCCUCUGCUGCUACAGACCCUCUCCCUUUGCUGGGGUCUCCCGUUCUGCAUGGGGAUCCUCACGAGGUCUCUGUCUCACGCACACCCCUUCUUCAGGUCCUCAGCACCUCACUGGGUUCCUUCACAGAGGACUGAGCGCAGGGCGAAGCGGGUGACGGCGGUGUGUGCCUUCUUUGGGGUCCUCUGCUGCAGCGUUCACAUGUACAGCCUCCUGUGGCUCUACGGGCUUCUGGGGAACUGGAGGCGCUUCGGCUGGGGCUGGUGGCUCAGUCAGUUUUGGGCCAGGAUCCUGGAGCUGGCCUGGGGAUUCUCUUUGCUUUUUCUGGGAUCCUGGGUUUUCUGGACUCCCUCCAGGAGCCAUUCAAAAGGUGAUCAGUGGCCGGGCAGAGGCGAGGUGUCUAAAAGGAUGGACGGGAAAGGCUUGUGGGGGAGAGUGUUGGCUGGUUUGAGGAGGGGUCCUCUAAGAAAAUCAGAGAAGACCUGGGAGGAUCUGAUGCCAAACACCUGGGCAAAAUAUAACCUGUCCAGAGCGGGAAUCAGCAACAAGGUGAUGUGCCCGUACGAUGAUCAUCCCUCCAUCAUCAUGGCGGGGCACACGUCCGAUCCUCUCAGCAGCAGCAGCAGCUCUGACCCUCAGGCUGCUCUGCUGUGGCAGAAAGUUGGCGAACGCGAAUGCGUCCUGUCACUCAUAGAGUUCGACAUGCGGCCGCCCUCCCCUAUUAAUCUGAGGCGCAGCAUCGACUACGCCCUCCAUCGCGGGCAGCUGGUGGCAGGGGGUCUUUUCACCACCCCCCCUCCCUCCUGGACCCACACCUUGGAGGCAGACAGCGCGGAUGGAGACGGCGGUCCCGCAUUGCCUCCAGCCUACGUCGGCUACAGGUGGAUGCUGGACGCCGAGCCUGUCGCUGCAUCUCUGGACCGUGUCCAAACCAAAGAGCCACUGCAGCCGCCCGGCGCUUUGACUGAUUACACCGGCAGCAUUGGGUCCCCGUUCUUUGGAGAGGAACUGGGUUCAGUGUUCUCAGCAUUGAGGCUCCAGCGUGACUGGCCUGAUGAGGACGUCACAGACCUCUAAGUUCUAACUUCACACUCUAGAUCAUCUGAGCUUGAUUAGACGGUAACGCUCAUGCAAAACAUGGCCUCGGCGGAUUCUACAUCCAAUAGCACGAUAGAAUCGGAAGAAUUUAGAACUGCACAGCUUUCCAUGUUGGUUUCAUGUAGGAAAGAAGUGUGAUUGUGAACCCUGACUCACGAGGAUUCACCAGUGCAGCGAUGUUUACGUCUACGCCUGUGUGCAGGAUAGACCACCUACACCCAUUGUCCUGCUAGCAUCAAAUGAGUCUAGUAACAAAUGUAACGUUUAUGGAUAUUUUUACUGUGUUUGUAAAUAAAAAAAUAAUUUAUUUGAA